UCUUUUGUUUUUGGGUGUUUUUGUUAUUGAAUGUUUGUUCGAAGUCGAAUAAGAAAUCUUAACUGUUUAGAAUUAGAAAUUUGGGAUUUGAUAUUCAAACAGGAAUAAAUUUUCUAUUUUUAUAAUUAAAGGGCUUUGAUGUUUUGAGUUCUUGUGAUUCUUCAUAAGCUCAAAUCACUGAAAAUGUUCUAUUGUAAAACCCCUUUAUUGUUUAAGAGACCUAAAUUGUUUAAUGGAAUUUAUAAUCAGAUUCCUUUAGGAAAUGAUAUGUCUAGGCUUUUUUUAGUCAAACUAGAUUUCCUACAACUACAGAUAGGGACGUUACAGCUAUGUUUCCUGUAACGGAAAAUUGUGGAGAUUUAUGAGAUUCUGAAUAAAAUUAUCUUUCCUUUAGUCUGUUUGGAGCUUUGUUAUGAGGUAUUAUAUUCUGUGCUUUGAUUCUUUAUAAGGUAUUGUGUUUGUUUCUUCGAUUUCUGUUAUUAUAUGUUAGUUUCAUGUAGUUGAUUACAGUAUUAUUUUGUUGUAGUAUUGCUCUGCUACUAUCUGUUCUGUUAUUUCUGUUGGCUGUUUUUAUUUUGAGCCGAGUUUCUAUUGGAAACAACCUUCUCUGAGGUAGAGGUCAGGUGUGUGUAUGUCUUUCCCAGACCUCACUUUGCGGGACUACAUUGAGUAUGUUGGUGUUGUUUUUGUAUUAUUGUGUAUGUUUGCUUUUCAAUGAGGAUGGCCUAUUGAGUGACAAGCUUAGGCAUUUAUUUUAUUUUCCCACUUCUAUGGGUUCUAGGCUUCUAGUCAACUAUAUGUCUUUUUGGUGCAGAUAAUGGACUAGUUUUUUCAUGUGGUUUUAGUUUGAAAUUAUUUUUUAGUAAUUAUGGUCUUGAGCCGGGAUGGUCCACGAGCAUGGAUUUUGGGUAACUACCCAUCAAGGCCGAGAUAGAUGUGCUCACACUUUAUUUCUUAGAGAAUUCUUGAGUUUUUUGCUUAUUAAGAUGGUACCGUAAGCAACCAUUGUUUGACAUGAAAUAUAGUGGAUAUAACAAUGUCCUACCUAUAUCCUCUACUAUAUUUUUGUUACUUUUUCCUCCUAAUAUUGGUUACCCUGUUAUGCAGGUGGUUAUGUUGUUUUCAAGCGAAGACCAAAUUGAUGUGUAUUAACAGACGUUUGGGAGUACUGAUAUUUCCUGUGUUCUGUGAUACUGGUUGUGUUUCUCUUAUAAACGAGUGCGAGCAAAUUUGUUGUAGUUGAUAAACCAAUAUGCCUAGUAAUUAUCUUUUUAGAGUAGGUGGUGCAUUGUGUCAGGGAAUUAGGAAAUCCAUUUCUGGGCAAGAAAGGGGGCUUCAAUUGGUGGAGAUUUUUUCUGAAGAGCGGUUGUUGUUCGGGAAGUCCUUCUGUUCUGUGCCAUCUGCAGGAUUGUCUGACCUGCAUGUGUUUGUAAGGCCUGGAGCUUUUGCUGCAGCACCGACAAAUUUGAAUAUAGUUAAUCAAAGAAAGAAUAUUUCUGGGAUCAGUGCUAUUCCUCGUACAUUUGGGCUCAAGGGUUUUCACAGUUCUUCAGCUGCAUGUAUCUCUGCUGGUGCUGCUCCUGAUGUGUCCUUUGAUAACUCUCUGCGUGAGGUACAACGUGCAAGUUCAGCAAAUUCUUCUGAACAGAAAAUCCAUAUUGACAGAAGCCUGAAGCUUGAUUCAGGAUCGUCUUACCUGCCUCACCCUGAUAAAGAAGAAAAAGGUGGAGAGGAUGCUCAUUUUAUUUGCAUUGAUGAACAAGUAAUUGGCAUAGCUGAUGGUGUUGGUGGAUGGGCUGAUGUUGGUGUUGAUGCUGGAGAAUACUCUCGAGAACUGAUGGCAAACGCAGUAAUGGCAAUUCGCGAGGAACCAAAAGGUUCAGUAGAUCCAGCCAGGGUCCUGGAGAAAGCUUAUACACUCACAAGAGCCAAAGGGUCCUCAACUGCCUGCAUUAUUGCCCUUACAGAUCAGGGUCUCCAUGCCAUUAACUUAGGAGAUAGCGGAUUUAUGGUGAUUAGAGAUGGAUGUACUGUUCUAAAAUCCCCUGUGCAGCAGCAUGAUUUCAAUUUUACAUAUCAGCUGGAGAGUGGUGGUACUGGCGGUGAUUCACCAACUUCAGGGGAGGUGUUUAAAAUACCUGUUGCUCCAGGAGAUGUCAUCAUUGCUGGAACUGAUGGGUUGUUUGACAAUUUGUAUACCAGCGAUAUAACUGCAGUAGUGGUGCACGCUAGGAGAGCUCACUUACCACCUCAGGUUGUAGCUCAGAAGAUAGCUGCAUUGGCUCGGGAAAGAGCACUCGACAAAAACAGGCAAUCCCCUUUCUCUGCUGCAGCCCAAGAUGCUGGCAUCCGUUUCUAUGGUGGGAAGUUGGACGACGUAACAGUGGUGGUGUCUUACAUAACCAGUGACAAAAAUGAGAAACUCACUUUCUGAUUACCUUCUGAAUCCGCUUGCACAAUGAACAGGAAAACUCCAACAGCUUGAAGAUUUAGUUAGAGAGAUUUUAUACUAUGUUGCUCAGACUCUUCAAAAAUGUGUAGUGUGCGUAUUGGAUUCUCCAAAAGCAGUGUACUUUUGAAGAAUCUGACACUGCUUCAGCAACGUAAGUGAAGAGUCUGCGCAACUUAGAUUGUUGUAUACCUAUAUCGACCAACAGUUUCGGUCUUGUGAAAUUCUAAUUGCUUGGCUUCGCAUGGCAGUCAGUUUUGGUGCUUGAUGCAGAAUGGAUGAGUUCAUGCGUAGCCAUUUAAGUGUUUUUCCACAUGUAUAUAUUGUUCUUUUGGCAAUUUACUGGUAAUAUUUUUGUACAUUUGGAAUUGCCAUUAAGGCUAUACGAAACUUACCGCAUAUAUCUUCAUUCUUUAUUGGAAUUUUAAUUUGUGUCAA